AUGGCAGAGGAGCAGGACCUGUCCGAGGUGGAGCUGAGCCCCGUGGGCUCCGAGGAGCCGCGCUGCCUGUCCCCGGGGAGCGCGCCCUCGCUGGGGCCCGACGGCGGCGGCGGCGGCGGCGGCUCGGGCCUGCGAGCUAGCCCGGGGCCCGGCGAGCUGGGCAAGGUCAAGAAGGAACAGCAGGACGGCGAGGCGGACGAUGACAAGUUCCCCGUGUGCAUCCGCGAGGCCGUCAGCCAGGUGCUCAGCGGCUACGACUGGACUCUCGUGCCCAUGCCGGUGCGCGUCAACGGCGCCAGCAAGAGCAAGCCGCACGUCAAGAGGCCCAUGAACGCCUUCAUGGUGUGGGCGCAGGCGGCGCGCAGGAAGCUGGCCGACCAGUACCCGCACCUGCACAACGCCGAGCUCAGCAAGACGCUGGGCAAGCUCUGGAGGCUGCUGAACGAGAGCGACAAGCGCCCCUUCAUUGAGGAGGCCGAGCGGCUGCGGAUGCAGCACAAGAAGGACCACCCAGACUACAAGUACCAGCCGCGGAGACGGAAGAACGGGAAGGCGGCCCAGGGAGAGUCGGAGUGCCCAGGCGGGGAGGCUGAGCAGGGCGGGGCGGCCGCCAUUCAGGCCCACUACAAGAGCGCCCACCUGGACCACCGGCACCCGGGCGAGGGCUCCCCGAUGUCAGACGGAAACCCCGAGCACCCCUCGGGCCAGAGCCAUGGCCCACCCACACCUCCGACCACCCCAAAGACAGAGCUGCAGUCAGGCAAGGCAGACCCCAAGCGGGAUGGGCGCUCCCUGGGGGAGGGCGGGAAGCCUCACAUCGACUUCGGCAACGUGGACAUCGGUGAGAUCAGCCAUGAGGUAAUGUCCAACAUGGAGACCUUCGACGUGGCCGAGUUGGACCAGUACCUGCCGCCCAACGGGCACCCGGGCCACGUGGGCAGCUACUCGGCAGCUGGCUACGGGCUGGGCAGUGCCCUGGCUGUGGCCAGUGGACACUCUGCCUGGAUCUCCAAGCCUCCAGGCGUGGCUCUGCCCACGGUCUCGCCGCCUGGCGUGGACGCCAAAGCUCAGGUGAAGACGGAGACCGCGGGGCCCCAGGGACCCCCGCACUAUACCGACCAGCCGUCCACCUCGCAGAUCGCCUACACCUCCCUCAGUCUGCCCCACUAUGGCUCCGCCUUCCCCUCCAUCUCCCGCCCCCAGUUUGACUACUCUGACCAUCAGCCCUCAGGACCCUAUUACGGCCACUCGGGCCAGACCUCUGGCCUCUACUCGGCCUUCUCCUACAUGGGGCCCUCGCAGCGGCCCCUCUACACGGCCAUCUCUGACCCCAGCCCCUCGGGGCCCCAGUCCCACAGUCCCACACACUGGGAGCAGCCGGUAUAUACGACGCUGUCCCGGCCAUAG